AGCGGAGCGCCGGAUCCGCAACGGCCAGGUGUGCGACGGAGGCGGUGGCGGGCCCGGCGGAAGCCAGGAGCGGCGAAGGCGACCGGGCCUGGCUCCCGCGUCCGGUGGGGCACCAUGGACGAAGCAGGCAGCUGUGCGAGCGGGGGAGGCUUCCGCCCGGGCGUGGACAGCCUGGACGAGCCGCCCAACAGCCGCAUCUUCCUGGUGAUCAGCAAGUACACGCCCGAGUCGGUCCUGCGGGAGCGCUUCUCCCCCUUCGGCGAGAUCCAGGAUAUCUGGGUGGUGCGGGACAAGCACACGAAGGAGUCAAAGGGCAUCGCCUUCAUCAAGUUCGCACGCAGCUCGCAGGCCUGUAGGGCCAUGGAGGAGAUGCACGGCCGGUGCCUCGGCCCCUAUGAUACCAAGCCCAUCAAGGUUUUAAUUGCUCAGUCCAGAUCAUCUGGAAAUCACCGAGAUGUAGAAGAUGAAGAACUUACAAGAAUAUUUGUUAUGAUACCAAAGUCCUACACAGAAGAAGAUCUACGGGAAAAAUUUAAGGUGUAUGGAGAUAUCGAGUAUUGCAGCAUUAUUAAGAAUAAAAUGACUGGGGAAAGUAAAGGUUUGGGCUAUGUUCGAUACUUAAAACCAUCACAAGCUGCCCAAGCAAUAGAAAACUGUGAUCGAAGUUUUAGGGCAAUCUUGGCUGAACCCAAAAAUAAAGCAUCUGAAUCCUCAGAACAAGAUUAUUAUAGUAAUAUGAGGCAAGAGACUUUGGGACAUGAACCUAGAAUAAAUAUGUUUCCAUUUGAGCAACAACCUGAAUUUUCAAAUUUUGACAAGAAUGACAACAGAGGCCAAGAAGCUAUCUCCAAACGCCUGUCAGUUGUAUCAAGAGUUCCUUUCACUGAAGAGCAGCUUUUCAGCAUUUUUGAUAUAGUACCAGGAUUGGAAUAUUGUGAAGUUCAACGAGAUCCUUAUUCAAGCUAUGGUCAUGGAGUGGUUCAGUAUUUCAAUGUAGCAUCAGCUAUUUAUGCAAAAUACAAGUUACAUGGAUUUCAGUACCCUCCUGGAAAUCGGAUAGGUGUUUCUUUCAUUGAUGAUGGGAAUAAUGCCACAGAUCUCCUUAGAAAAAUGGCAACGCAGAUGGUAGCUGCACAGCUUGCAUCAAUGGUGUGGAAUAACCCAAGUCAGCAGCAAUUUCUGCAGCAAUUUGGAGGAAGUUCUGGAUCACAGUUGCCUCAAAUCCAGACAGAUGUUGUACUUCCGUCAUGCAAAAAAAAAGCCCCUCCUGAAACUUCUGUGAAAGAAAGACUGUUUAUCGUGUUUAACCCUCAUCCUUUACCUUUAGAUGUAUUAGAGGAUAUAUUCUGUCGUUUUGGUAACCUGAUCGAAGUUUACCUUGUGUCAGGAAAAAAUGUGGGGUAUGCGAAGUAUGCAGAUAGAAUAAGUGCUAAUGAUGCGAUUAGUACUUUACAUGGAAAGAUCCUGAAUGGAGUCAGACUUAAAGUUAUGCUGGCAGAUUCCCCACGUGAAGAAUCUAAUAAACGACAAAGAACUUACUGAUUCUUGAGAAACAGUAACUCAAGAACACAUGGAUCCUGGGAACUGAAGGUAUGGUACUGCUAGGUGAUCAGAUAGAAAUACUUAGUUAAAAUAUGAAGUUGGCAGUUCAUUCAUUACAAUGACCAUGCUUUGACUUUAAGAUAAAAAUGACUUGUCCUCAGGGGAAUAUGCAGGUUUCACUCUACUUUGAGAAAGUUACCAGGCACUUUGAAAGUCCAUUUGUGUGAUUAUUACAGGAACAGGAAGUCCUGUGACUGUUAUACAUGAACUGCAGCCAAUAUCUGGACAUCAAGGUCCAUGAGAGUAGCUAACGUGCCAAGUGACCAAGGCCGCGACUACUGUGGCAGCCUAGAGACUGCCUUUCUGACCAUAAUGCUGCAGAAGUGGUGGAAGGUGGUGGAAGGAAGCCGCUAUUUUAGAGACUAUCUUAGGAAAAAUAUUUGUAUUUGAGAUACAAAAAUCAGAAACUGAAAAGGAAGUACUGUUUUCCACAGAAACUGGGAAAAAUAUUGAGCACAGUAGGAUAACCAAAGUGCUUACUCAGAGAUACUCUUAUGAAUCUACACUCUGAAUUUUCCUGCCUCUAUUUCCAUUUCUGAUUUUGGAGGUAAAUGAUGAAAGGAUGUUGCUACUGAUUUUCUUACUCAUACACUAUUAUCAUUUUCUAGAGUUAAUAAUACAUAGGUCACAGCCUUCUUUAGCACAGAAUUCUUAUGGAUUUUGUUUGUUCUGAUAUUUUUUUGUUUGUUUUUUAAUGCUAAAAGAAGAAUUAAAGUCAUCUACUUUAAAGUCAUCUAAUUUACUGGAAGGUCUAUGAAAAUACAUAAUUUAAUUUUUAUUGGGUUCUGAAGAUACUUUUUGCAUCCUUAUAUUAUUGCUCCAUUGACACAAAAGACUUUCUCCCUCUUAUUAGUAUAUCAGUAACUUAGGAAAUGUGUCAUCGGGACAUUUGGCAGAAGGUAGAGAAGGAGAUCACAAUAGGAUUGACUUAGGAAGAAUCUGCUGUAGUUGUCGAGAGCACCAGGACUGGCUGACGUGCUUUGGCAAUGUCAAUAUUGGACAAACAAUGU